UGUCUUUCCAAUUCUUUAGGUUUGUUGCUGCAGGGCGCGGAUCAUGGGAGUGCUUGCCCGGACUUCAGAUACAGGGGCGCUUGGUUUUUGGGCCGCGCUUUCCAUUCAUUAAUUCACAUUCUGCGACAGCCAAGCAGGUUCGUGCGUACGACCUUACAUGCAACUUCCCUACUCGGGCUGGAAAUGAAAGGGAAGGCAAGAGGGAAAAAUCAAAUUACCUUGAGGCUUCUCGGUCAUUAGGGAGGCUCAGCCUCAUUCGCGAUCCGUCCCGUAUUUGUCUUGCUUCUUCUUCCCCCCUUGUCUCACUCAAAAUUCAUCUGUGACGCAUUCACUUGUGAAACCUUUCAUCCGUCACCGGCCUUUCAACUUUCCUUUACAAGCGCACUCGUACAUCGUUACUCUGCGGCAACAUCCAGUUCAACCUGUCACAUAGAUGCUUUGUCAAUUCCGGCGGGACAAACACAAGAGAAAUCGGCGAAAUCACAGUAACCAAAUGGACAAGCCUCCAAGCCCACCAGCCACACUUGCACCAGACCCAGACGUCAAAUCCAGGGACCAACGAAUGGAUCACAUCUUCAAGGCCGUAACGUGGUCUGAGAAAGAAGAUGAACGGCAGCAGAACGAGAGACGCUUAUCCCUCGAGGCCCAGGGCCAAGACAAGGUCACCCGCUGGAUGAGAGACGGACUACAGUACGGGUAACCCCAUCUCUCAUGCGUCUCUGCUCGUCUUUUUCACUCUCUGAUGAUCCCCAGGGUUCUCUAUUGCGAUCUUCUGCCAGACAUCUCCAGCGUAGUACGCCCAGUUGACAAGUCCGGCAGUUACAUGGACAUGCUGCCAUGGUGGAACCCGGAUUAUGAGUCCAGUGCGACUCUAACAACUACCGAGAGGGUUUCCCCGAUUCCCCAGGUCAAGACCCUAUUGUCUCCUGAUGAGCAACAUACCGACGACAUCAAACGCGAGAGGGCGUUCCAUGAUCUUCUGGCCAAAGCUGGGGGACGCCCUUGGUAUUCCAGUGAGCUCAUCGACCAAGUCGUCCAGAAUCCAGAAAACCACGCCGAGCUUCUUGAGUACUGGAAACAAGACGCUACCGGAUCGGGGAAGCAAGAAUGGAUGGUGUUUGAACGCCAGUUGGAAAGGUGGAACCAGUUUUGCCGUUAUCAGCUGAGAGUUAGACGAAACCGGGAUACAUUUGACGAAUACCUGGCGCGAUGUACGAAGUGCCUAUCUAAACAGUCGCUCACCACGCCACUUCAUAUGAAAUCAGAUCCGACAGACCAGGAUCCAUUAUCACAAUGGCUUGAGUACCUAUGCUUUGAGGUGUCAGAGCGCAAAAAAUACUCGUGGUAUAAGCGCUAUAACCAGCAGUAUGAAAGCGCCUGGCAGACACUCGUUGACUCCAAGUUGUUGGAAUUGCAUGAAGACCGAGAUCAGAUUGAAGCAGCAGGAUAUACAUCAGUACCAGAUGGUGAAAGGACCAAACUAAGACAAGCCGUGGAGGUGGCCAGUUCAAACGUCUUAUUAGCGGAACGGGAUCUGUUGAACCCAAGUGUCAGGGGGCCAGUAGCACAACGGAAGCUCUUCGAGACUCAAGCCAAGCUAGACUCUGCAAUCGAAGCUUUUGAUCAUUUGCAACGUCGGGGGGAUGCGAUCAAGGUGUUUCUCCAGACCACCUCUGCCUAUCGCGAGGCAAGGCGUGGAGCCCUGCGACACCAAAUGCUUUUACGAUGGAUGCGGCAACAGGUCCCGUUGAUAGAGGAGGAUCUUGGUUUACCGCCUUCGACAGGACAUGUGGUUGUGGAUGACGAUGUGCUUUUGGAGACUGAUAGCGACGAGAGCGACGACCAGAAACUGAGUAUUGACUCUUCUCGCACCGAGUUGAUGGACACACUUGCCGAGCUGCAACGAAAUGAAAGCAAAAAGCGUCUUGCGAGUAUUUCGGCAGAAGUUAGUCGGACCAACAGCAAUGUUCCCCCGAAGCGCUUCAAACAUGUGGGCAAUGAUGAAGACGAAGCGAGCUAACAGUAAGAGAUGAUGGGUCACAUUUAUGUUUCUAUGGGAAUAUCUUUGACUUGCUGACGGCGUUAUCUAUUAUGGUUUUGAGGAGGAGUUAGGAAUCACUUGGAUGUACGUGGCAUGGUGGAUCUGUAAGAGCAGGAAAACGGAGUCUGGUCAAGCUUAUAAGAAGAAGCUACAUUAACCUUGUAAGAUAUGUGAAGCUCAUUGGCGAUUUAUCAAGACAAUUUUAAAUGUUUGCAUGUAUACUCCAGACUUUCUCAUCUGACAGAAACUGCUUAUGAAUUUGAUGGCCGUGAAUGAAAUUUAAUACUCUCGA